UUUCUUCCUCUCAUCCCUGGAACUCAGUAAAAACCCAACCUACCAGCAGUUCUAUAAUCCAGCAUUGGCCAUUUCAGUCUGCGUCCACAAGUAUGGCAAGCAGUUAUAUUGCAUCACUCACAGAAGACAGGCAAAAAACCCUUCUUUUGAAUAAGGAAGAACAUCUUACCUGCUAUCAACUCCUUACAGAGAGAGAAUAUUUGGAUGGAGAUGAAUGGGUAUCACAAAUUGGGAACAAAGACUCGGCUGAUUCGCUGGUAAGAAGGCGGAGAUUUGGAAAAGUCAAUCCAGAAAAAAUGAGCAAAACCAUUUUGAUUGUUGGAGAAACAGGAACAGGGAAGACCACCCUCAUCAACACAAUGGUCAACUACAUACUGGGGGUGAAGUUUGAAGACAAAGUGUGGUUUGAGAUCACAGAAGAGGUGACGAAAAGUCAGGCGGAAUCUCAGACAUCUGCCAUUACAGUGUAUACCGUAAACACUGAUGGCCCAACCUCUUUAAACAUCAUUGACACCCCAGGAUUUGGAGCAACUGGACCAAAAGGAAAAGAAAAGGAUGAGAAAAUUGCUAAAGAUUUGCUCACACUGUUCUCAUCCUAUGCAGGCAUUGAAAGACUUGCCUCUGUUGGUCUAGUUGUGAAAGAAUCGCAGAAUAGAUUGACCGCAGCACAGCAGUACAUAUUUGAUGCAAUUCUGUCCAUUUUUGGCAAGAAUUUGGAGAGCAACAUUGUGGUCUUUAUCACAUAUUCGCACGGGGACCAUCCUGACGAUGCCCUUAAUGCCGUCAAUGCAGCUGAUACUCCCUGUGCAAGAACUCCAACAGGAGAUCCUGUUCAUUUUCUAUUCAACAACGGGUUUCCAAAGAAAUUGAAGAACAUAGGGGCACACCCACAAAAAAAAUACAAAAAGGAUUGGUGUUUGGGAGAAAACAGCAUGACAGAUUUUUUGACGUUUCUUGACCAAACAGAGGAAAAAAGUUUGAGGAUGACGGAAGAUGUUCUGAGACAGCGGGGGUCACUUGAGGCUUGUGUUAUCAACUUACAGCAGCGUAUUGCCAAAGAGGAGGCAGAGCAGAAGAUACUAAAAGAUAUAGAGGCUAUCCUCCUGACUCACAAAGAAAAACUGGAUAACAAUGAAAACUUUGAAAUUGAGGUUGAUGAAUUGUACAUUGAUGCAGUGGCUAUUAAGACAAUUUUAAAACAAUGCAAUGAAAAUGCAACACGCUGUGAAAACUGCAAGGAGAACUGCCACUUCCCAGGAUGCACACUGGUCAGUAAAGACAUGCUGUGGAUGUGUCAAAUGAUGAAGAGAAGUAAUGGAGAUUAUCUUUGCAAGGUAUGUACUGGACAUUGCUCCUACAGAAACCACACCAAAGAUGACAAAAUGUUCGUUCAAGUCACCCGCAAGGUAAAAAAAACAGCAGACAAUCUGAGAAAAGAGUAUGAGGAAAAAUAUGGCAAGGAUGUAGACAUGAAAGCUCGCACUGAAGAAAUCCUGCUUCAGUCUAAGAAUCUCCAGGGCAAGCUUGUGGAUGAGUGCUAUGACCACAUCAUGUGCCUGCAGAACAUAUCACUGAAGAAAGAACCUCAGUCCAUUGUUGUGCUCCUCGACGGUCUCAUCACCAGACUGAAAGAAAAUGGACAACAUGAGAAAGCUAACAACCUAGAGGAAAUAAGAAAUAGAGUCCCACCCGUCAACCCAGCAACUCAAACCUUCUACAAGUGCUUGACUUCAAUUAGGCACACAUUUGAGGAGAUUUCUGUGACCAAGACCAAGACUGUAGUGGGGGCUAAACACAAGUAAAUGCCAUUUCUAUACCUCCUGAAUCCCCCCCCCCCCCACAUUUGAAUAGUCCCCAUUAUCUACAGAUGUUCAGAUUAUCUCUGUAAACUGCAAAGUAUGGUUAAUAAGGUUAUAUGUUGGAUUUGGUUAAGGUGUACAUGUACAUACUGUUUAAGGUUACAUGUUGGAUCUGGUUAGCCCUUGUGUGCCCGUGCCAAACAUUCAAUUUUUGGUGUUGGAUGACCUCCUCACACAAAA